AUGUUCAUUAUAAUAUGUUUUAUAGGUUUUUCAAUUGUUAAUGCUAAACUUAUUUGUGGUGCUAAAAAUACUAAAGGAGAACGAGCUGAAUUUACUAGUUAUGAAUUAGAUCAAUGUUUUGAAAGUUCUAAAGAAGGAAAUUAUAUUAAAGUUACUAAAAUGUUUGGAGAUUACAAAUAUAUUACAUAUAAUAAAAGUGGAUGUACUGAUGGUGAUAAUGUUACAUCAAUUAUUUUAACAGAUUGUAAUGAAUUUGAUGAACCAAGUUAUAAUUUAGAAGUCAAAUAUGAUUUAAGUGGUACAGAUUGUAAAAGAAAAGACACUUUUGAAAAGAGUUAUAUUAAUUUUGAUAUUUGUAUGAAUCAAGAUGGAUUUAAAAAAUAUUCGAUUGAAGAUGGUAAACUUGUUACUUAUGAAUAUACAAAUGAUAAAUGUGAAGAUAAAAUUGAUAAAUCUAAAGUUAUUAUUAUUGAGGUUGAUAAAUGUAUAAGUGAUGAGAGUAGUAAUUCUUCAAAAUAUUAUGACAGUGGUGCUUAUUCUUUCUUAACACUUUUUGUUGUCUACAUUUUAUUCUUCAUAUUCUGA